AUGGCAGCAACGGCAAGUGAUUGUCGAUGGGCAACGGAGGAAGACUGGGAAUUGCACAGAAAUACCAUCUGGUAUCUCUAUUGCAAGCUCCACAAGCCCCUGCGCGUGGUAGCAGAGUUGCUGGGAGAGAAGCAUGACUUUCGCGCCACGGUAAAAAUGUACAAGAGCCGGCUGAAGAAAUGGGGCUUUCGCAAAAACCUGACCAAAAAAGAAUUCCUAGAGGUUCAACGGCAGCUGUAUACCGGACACGUGAUUAUGCCUACCUCCCACGGCCUACGUCUUGGCUCCAGGCGACUCAAGGCCCUGGUGCGGUCAGCAGAGCAGCGCCACGAAGAGCUGGAGGCAACUCGGCCUAACACACCAGCUCCGAUGCACGUCAGGGCCCCUGAGCACCUCUGGCUGGUGGAGUCCGCACUGCAUGAGGUUUGUGUAUUUACGCGGUUCGGCAUCUCGACGCAGAGGUGGGACUUCUCGACUACGGCCGACCUGAUGACUGCGACGUGUGUCUGGGGGACGCACCUGGGGGAGGCGGCUAUCGAGCUGAGAACCAAGCGGGACGUCGGUCGUGGGUUCCAGAUGCUCAAUGAUUGCUGUGCCCAGUUUAGCUCAAUUGCCCGGCUGCAGGAGGCCACCUUGGUGUGGGCCUUCUUCACCGUGAUCGUCGAGCUCGAUACAGCGGACGAGCUGGUAGCCCUAUCUUUCAUCAACUUCGUAGCCAAGAUGUGCGCCAUCGAACUCGGCCCGAGCCACCCAGUGACCAAGCUGUCUUGCAAUCUACGGAAGAUGGAUUACCACCAAAUCAGACUGUGUGCCGCGUCUAUUAUACUGGCUCACCUCGACGUUGCGUAUUCAGAUCCGCGUCAAGGACCCGGAUGUGUCGCUCUAUUCCGGUUGAUGUUAUUUCGUUGGCUGUGCGAUGGUGGCCUUCUGUCCAAGGAAAGCUGGCACAAUGAGCUGGCGGUUGCUAUUGAAAGGCUUCGACGAAGGAAAGUGAGCCAGAGGUCAGAGCCUUCUUCUGAAGAGGUCUUGGCUAGACAAACUCUCGCUAGCUGGCUCGCAGAGAAGGAGCAGUUCUCGAACGACGAGGCAUACCUUUUGGGAACUGACGGGCCUGCGGAACACGCCACUGCUGCCAAAGAAUUUACGGCACAGGUACAGCAAUUGGCUGCGCCAAAGAUCUCAGACCCAAAGGGGAGAACUGCUGAAGACACGGCCGCGAGAAAGAACACGGAAUCUCAGUAUAGUCUUAUACGAAGACUUGCUGAAGCUAACACGUCGUCUAUACAGCACUCAUAA